GCCGCCGCACGUCCCCGCACCGCCGGGCGCUCCGCUCCUCCGCAGCCCCCGCCGCGCGGCCCCCGCGCCUCAAGCCCGCGGCCGGAGGCACGAGCCGAUCCAGGGAUCCAGGCUGGGGACCUGCCCCUGCCCGUGCCCGUGCCCCCGCCCCGCCCGCCCGCCGGCCGCCCGCCGCUGCGCGGUCCGCUCCGGGCACUUGCCUGCCGCUCAGCCCCGCAGCGCCCCCGUCCCCGGCCCGGCGCGCCCCCCGCCGCCCGCCGCGCGCUCCAACUCCGCUCCGACCGCGGCUGGUCCGCCCGCCGCCGGCCCCUCGCGUCAUGGCCGGGGCCCCCGGGCCCGCCACCCACCGCCCGCCGCCCCUGGCGCCCCGGGGGCGCAGCUGAUCCUGAAUUGACGCGGGGCGAGCGGCAGGGCUGGAGGUCCCCCUGGAUUCCAGGCUUGGGGGCACCGCAUCGCCCCCGCGUCUCCAACCUGGACCACCCGCCGCCGCCCCCCCAAGUCCAUGCCCGGCUCCCUGCUCGGCGCUGACAUGGCUGAGAGCUGCUCGCCGCCCUCCUCUUCUGCUGUGGCCCUGGCCCCUGAGCCGGGGGUCACAGAGCAGCCGGGGCCCCGGAGCCCCCCGCCCUCCCCUCCGGGCCUGGAGGAGCCCCAGGAUGGAGCCAACGCAGACGUCCCUCACCCGGACCUGGCGCCCGUUGCCUUCUUCUGCCUGCGACAGACCACCAGCCCCCGGAACUGGUGUAUCAAGAUGGUGUGUAACCCGUGGUUCGAAUGUGUCAGCAUGCUGGUCAUCCUGCUGAACUGCGUGACGCUCGGCAUGUACCAGCCGUGCGACGACAUGGACUGCCUGUCCGAGCGCUGCAAGAUCCUGCAGGUCUUUGACGACUUCAUCUUCAUCUUCUUUGCCAUGGAGAUGGUGCUCAAGAUGGUGGCCCUGGGCAUUUUUGGCAAGAAGUGCUACCUUGGGGACACGUGGAACCGACUGGACUUCUUCAUCGUCAUGGCUGGGAUGGUGGAGUACUCGCUGGACCUUCAGAACAUCAACCUGUCGGCCAUCCGCACCGUGCGUGUCCUGAGGCCCCUCAAGGCCAUCAACCGAGUGCCCAGCAUGCGGAUCCUGGUGAACCUGCUGCUGGACACGCUGCCCAUGCUGGGGAACGUCCUGCUGCUCUGCUUCUUCGUUUUCUUCAUCUUUGGCAUCAUCGGCGUGCAGCUCUGGGCCGGCCUGCUGCGCAACCGCUGCUUCCUGGAGGAGAACUUCACCAUACAAGGGGAUGUGGCCCUGCCCCCCUACUACCAGCCGGAGGAGGACGACGAGAUGCCCUUCAUCUGCUCCCUUUCGGGGGACAACGGCAUCAUGGGCUGCCAUGAGAUCCCUCCGCUCAAGGAGCAGGGCCGCGAGUGCUGCCUGUCCAAGGACGAUGUCUACGACUUCGGGGCGGGGCGCCAGGACCUCAACGCCAGCGGGCUCUGUGUCAACUGGAACCGCUACUACAACGUGUGCCGCACGGGCAGCGCCAACCCCCACAAGGGGGCCAUCAACUUUGACAACAUCGGCUAUGCCUGGAUCGUCAUCUUCCAGGUGAUCACUCUGGAAGGCUGGGUGGAGAUCAUGUACUACGUGAUGGAUGCCCACUCCUUCUACAACUUCAUCUAUUUUAUCCUGCUCAUCAUAGUGGGCUCCUUCUUCAUGAUCAACCUGUGCCUCGUUGUCAUAGCGACCCAGUUCUCGGAGACCAAGCAGCGGGAGCACCGGCUGAUGCUGGAGCAGCGGCAGCGCUACCUGUCCUCCAGCACGGUGGCCAGCUACGCCGAGCCGGGCGACUGCUACGAGGAGAUCUUCCAGUACGUCUGCCACAUCCUGCGCAAGGCCAAGCGCCGCGCCCUGGGCUUCUACCAGGCCCUGCGGAGCCGGCGCCAGGCCCUGGGCCCGGGGGGCCCCGCCUCCGCCAAGCCCGCGCCCCACGCCAAGGAGCCCAGGCACUUCAAGCUCUGCCCGGGACACAGCCCCCUGGACCCAACGCCCCCCAUGCUGAUGCAGCCCAUCUCAGCCCUGCUGGCCUCCGACCCCACCGGCUGCCCCCGCUGCCAGCACAGAGGGGGCCACCGGCCCUCGGGCCUGGGCAGCACCGACUCGGGGCAGGAGGGCUCGGGCUCGGGGGGCUCCGGCGGUGGAGAGGACGAGGCCGGUGGGGACGGGGCCCGGAGCAGCGAGGAUGGGGCCUCGUCGGGGCUGGGGAAGGAGGACGAGGAGGAGCAGGCGGACGGGGCGGCCCGGCUCUGUGGGGACGUGUGGCGGGAGAUGCGCGCCAAGCUGCGAGGCAUCGUGGACAGCAAGUACUUCAAUCGGGGCAUCAUGAUGGCCAUCCUGGUCAACACCGUCAGCAUGGGCAUCGAGCACCACGAGCAGCCCGAGGAGCUGACCGACGUCCUGGAGAUCUGCAACGUGGUCUUCACCAGCAUGUUCGCCCUGGAGAUGCUCCUGAAGCUGGCCGCCUUCGGGCUCUUCGAUUACCUGCGCAACCCCUACAACAUCUUCGACAGCAUCAUCGUCAUCAUCAGCAUCUGGGAGAUCGUGGGGCAGGCGGACGGCGGGCUGUCGGUGCUGCGGACCUUCCGGCUGCUGCGGGUGCUGAAGCUGGUGCGCUUCAUGCCCGCGCUGCGGCGCCAGCUGGUGGUGCUCAUGAAGACCAUGGACAACGUGGCCACCUUCUGCAUGCUGCUCAUGCUCUUCAUCUUCAUCUUCAGCAUUCUCGGGAUGCACAUCUUUGGCUGCAAAUUCAGCCUCCGCACAGACACGGGAGAUACAAUCCCCGACAGGAAGAACUUCGACUCCUUGCUGUGGGCCAUCGUCACGGUGUUCCAGAUCCUCACCCAGGAGGACUGGAACGUCGUCCUCUACAACGGCAUGGCCUCCACCUCCCCCUGGGCCUCCCUCUACUUCGUUGCCCUCAUGACCUUCGGCAACUACGUGCUCUUCAACCUGCUGGUGGCCAUCCUGGUGGAGGGCUUCCAGGCGGAGGGUGACGCCAAUCGCUCCUACUCGGACGAGGACCAGAGUUUAUCGAACACGGAGGAGUUUGACAAGCUGCAGGAGGGCCUGGACAGCCUCGGAGAUCCCAAGCUUUACCCAAUUCCUCUGACUCCCAAUGGGCACCUGGACCUCAGUCUCCCUCUGUGUGGACAUCUGGGCCCCGUUGGGACUGCGGCACCUGCCCGCCUGUCGCUGCAGCCGGACCCUAUGCUGGUGGCCCUGGGCUCCCGCAAGAGCAGUGUCAUGUCACUGGGGAGGGUGAGCUAUGACCAGCGCUCCCUGUCCAGCUCCAGGAGCUCCUACUGUGGGCCGUGGGGCCGCAGCGGGGCCUGGGCCAGCCGCCGCUCCAGCUGGAACAGCCUCAAGCACAAGCCACUGUCGGCCGAGCACGAGUCCCUGCUGUCGGCAGAGCGCAGCGGGGCGCGGGCCUGCGAGGGCGCCCGGGACGAAGGGCCGCCACGGGCCGUGCCCCUGCACACCCCGCACGUCUACCACGCGCAUCACGGGCCCCACGCGACCCACCGCCACCACCACCACCACCACCACCACCGCCGGACGCUGUCCCUGGACACCCGGGACGCGGUGGACCUGGCCGAGCUGGGACCCCCGGUGGGCGCCCACCCCCGGGCGGCCUGGAGGGCAGCGGGCCCGGGCCCCGGGCACGAGGACUGCAAUGGCAGGAUGCCCCACAUCGCCAAGGAGGUCUUCACGCAGAUGGGUGACCGCCGGGACCACGGGGAGGAUGAGGAGGAGGUCGACUACACUCUGUGUUUCCGGGUGCGCAAGAUGAUUGACGCGUACAAACCUGACUGGUGCGAGAUCCGCGAGGACUGGUCUGUCUACCUCUUCUCCCCUGAGAACAGGUUCCGGGUCCUGUGCCAGACCGUCAUUGCCCACAAGCUCUUCGACUACGUUGUCCUGGCCUUCAUCUUUCUCAACUGCAUCACCAUCGCCCUGGAGCGGCCCCAGAUCGAGGCCGGCAGCACCGAACGCAUAUUCCUCACCGUGUCCAACUACAUCUUCACCGCCAUCUUCGUGGGCGAGAUGACACUGAAGGUGGUCUCGCUGGGCCUGUACUUCGGGGAGCAGGCGUACCUGCGCAGCAGCUGGAACGUGCUGGACGGCUUCCUGGUCUUCGUGUCCAUCAUCGACAUCGUGGUUUCCCUGGCCUCGGCCGGCGGAGCCAAGAUCUUGGGGGUCCUCCGGGUCCUGCGGCUCUUGCGCACCCUACGACCCUUGCGGGUCAUCAGCCGGGCCCCGGGCCUGAAGCUGGUGGUGGAGACUCUCAUCUCCUCCCUUAAGCCCAUCGGCAACAUUGUCCUCAUCUGCUGUGCCUUCUUCAUCAUCUUCGGCAUCCUGGGGGUACAGCUCUUCAAGGGCAAGUUCUACCACUGUCUGGGUGUGGACACCCGCAACAUCACCAACCGUUCUGACUGCAUGGCCGCCAACUACCGCUGGGUCCAUCACAAGUACAACUUCGACAACCUGGGCCAGGCCCUGAUGUCCCUCUUCGUCCUGGCCUCCAAGGAUGGCUGGGUGAACAUCAUGUACCAUGGGCUGGAUGCUGUCGCUGUGGACCAGCAGCCCGUGCCCAACCACAACCCCUGGAUGCUGCUCUACUUCAUCUCCUUCCUGCUCAUCGUCAGCUUCUUCGUGCUCAACAUGUUCGUGGGCGUCGUGGUGGAGAACUUCCACAAGUGCCGGCAGCACCAGGAGGCCGAGGAGGCGCGACGGCGCGAGGAGAAGCGGCUGCGGCGCCUGGAAAAGAAGCGCCGCAAGGCCCAGCGGCUGCCCUACUAUGCCACCUACUGUCCCACCCGGCUGCUCAUCCACUCCAUGUGCACCAGCCAUUACCUGGACAUCUUCAUCACCUUCGUCAUCUGCCUCAAUGUGGUCACCAUGUCCCUGGAACACUACAACCAGCCGAUGUCCCUGGAGAUAGCCCUCAAGUACUGCAACUACUUUUUCACCACUGUCUUUGUGCUGGAGGCUGUGCUGAAGCUGGUGGCAUUUGGUCUGAGGCGCUUCUUCAAGGACCGGUGGAACCAGCUGGACCUGGCCAUCGUGCUGCUGUCGGUCAUGGGCAUCACGCUGGAGGAGAUAGAGAUCAACGCGGCACUGCCCAUCAACCCCACCAUCAUCCGCAUCAUGCGGGUUCUGCGCAUCGCCCGGGUGCUGAAGCUGCUGAAGAUGGCCACGGGCAUGCGGGCCCUGCUGGACACGGUGGUGCAGGCUCUGCCCCAGGUGGGCAACCUGGGCCUUCUCUUCAUGCUGCUCUUCUUCAUCUACGCCGCCCUGGGCGUGGAGCUCUUCGGGAAGCUGGUCUGCAACGACGAGAACCCGUGCGAGGGCAUGAGCCGGCACGCCACCUUCGAGAACUUUGGCAUGGCCUUCCUCACGCUCUUCCAGGUCUCCACUGGCGACAACUGGAACGGGAUCAUGAAGGACACGCUGCGGGACUGCACCCACGACGAGCGCAGCUGCCUGAGCAGCCUGCAGUUCGUGUCGCCGCUGUACUUCGUCAGCUUCGUGCUCACGGCCCAGUUCGUGCUCAUCAACGUGGUGGUGGCCGUGCUCAUGAAGCACCUGGACGACAGCAACAAGGAGGCGCAGGAGGACGCCGAGAUGGACGCCGAGCUGGAGCUCGAGAUGGCGCAGGGCCUGGGGCCCAGCCCGCGGCUGCCCGUCGGAGGCCUGGGGGGGCCAGGCGGAGGGGGCGACGCCGAAGGCCACCUGUGCCCGCACUGCUACUCUCCAGCCCAGGAGAACCUGUGGCUGGACAGCGUCUCUUUAAUCAUCAAGGACUCCUUGGAGGGGGAGCUGACCAUCAUCGACAACCUGUCCGGGUCCGUCUUCCACCACUACUCGUCCCCGGCCGGCUGCAGGAGCUGCCAUGACAAGCAGGAGGUACAGCUGGCCGAGACAGAAGCCUUCUCCCUGAACUCAGACAAGUCCUCGUCCAUCCUGCUGGGCGAUGACCUGAGUCUGGAGGACCCCACAGCCUGCCCGCUUCGCCCCAAAGACAGCAAGGGUGAGCCAGACCCGGCCGAGCCCAUUCGCGUGGGGGACCUGGGCGAAUGCUUCUUCCCCUUGUCCAACACGGCCGUCUCCUCGGGUCCGGAGACCCUCCUGUGCGAGAUGGAGGCGAUCGCCUUCAACCCCGUCCAGUCCUGGCUGAAACAGGAGGGCAGCCAAGCGGCACCUUCGAGCCCCUUCUCCCCAGAGGCCUCCGGCCCACUCCUGCCCAUGCCAGCCGAGUUCUUCCACCCCGCCGUGUCCUCCAGCCAGAAGGGGCAGGAGAAGGGCGCCGGGGCCGGGGCCCUCCCCAAGAUCGCCCUGCAGGGCUCCUGGGCAUCCCUACGGUCACCGAGUGUCAACUGCACCCUCCUCCGGCAGGCCACCGGGAGCGACACGUCGCUGGAGGCCAGCCGCAGCAGCUCAGCGGGCAGCCUGCAGACCACGCUGGAGGACAGCCUGACCCUGAGCGACAGCCCCCGGCGCGCCCUGGGGCCGCCCGCCCCCGCCCCGGGCCCCCGGGCCGGCCUGUCCCCCGCCACCCGCCGCCUGAGCCUGCGGGGCCGGGGCCUGUUCAGCCGGCGGGGGCUGCGGGCGCACCAGCGCAGCCACAGCAGCGGGGGCUCCACCAGCCCAGGCUGCACCCACCACGACUCCAUGGACCCCUCGGACGAGGAGGGCGCGGGCCGGGGCGCGGGCGGCGGCGGCGGGGGCAGCGAGCACUCGGAGACGCUCAGCAGCCUCUCGCUCACCUCCCUCUUCUGCCCGCUGCCCGCGCCCUCGGGGCUCCCGCCCGCCCGGAGGUUCAGCAGCACCAGCAGCCUGGCCGCCGGCCCCGGCCGCCCCCCGGCCGCCGGGCCCCUCGGCCUGGCCCGGAGCCCCUCCUGGGCCGCGGAUCACAGCAAAGACCCGCGGGGCCCGGCCCAGCCCCCCGGAGAGCGGCAGCCCGCAGACGCUGCCAGCAAGAGGAAGAGAUGAGGGCCGCCGGGCCCAGAGCCCUCCCGUCUCACCUCGUUACCUCAGGAGCCAGGGGCAGACAGCAAUACUGGGCCACAGCCUGGACUCCGCGGGCCCCGGCGCCCGGCCACCCGGCGCCAUGGAGCGGGUCCGGGCGGGCUGAGGCCCAGACAAAGCCCAGACUGGCCUGGCCGUGGUCCUCCCCACGCAGAUACCUGUAUAUAUAUAUAUGCACAUAUAGAGAGAGACAGACAUAUAUCUAUAUUUAUUUUUUUUACUGAGAGCAUAUGACUUCCGGAAAGUGCUAAGGUGCGGGCUGGGGCCCAGGCAGAGCUUUUUGCCUGAUGCUUAGGACCCAGGCCGGACCCGCCCUGGGCAGAUGGUCCUGCUGGGGCACCAGCACCCCUACUUUUUGGUGUCUCCCCUGGGUUGGGAGUAGCUUGGAGAGGGCUCUCAGGCUCCCAAGGGUCCCAUAGCCCAGGAGACAGGCUCAGAAAAAGCGAUGUCAUUCAGGGUGCGGUUUUUUCCUUUAAAGAAGAAAUGCUGCUAAGAUCCCGCCCCCUCCCCCCGCCCCCCAUGUAGUGGGGUGUCUGUCUUGUCGUUCCUGACUGUCUAGUUGUGUCAACAGUCUUGUAGGCACCCAGAGUCCACAGACUCUUAGUCAACCAGUUAGAUGUGUUUCUUUAGAACCAUCAGGGGUGAUAGUUGUAUUUUCUUAGGGCUGGGGUGGGGGUGGCGAGCAACUCUGAGGCUGGCAGGGGGCUCUGACCCGGGUGAGGCCCCUGCCCCACUGGGCACUUCCCGGGGUGGGGGUCUGCUAGGGCCUUGCCCGGGAGGCCGAGGGCAGGAGCGGAGACAGCAGGAGACAGGACAGCCCCUGAGACGCUGGCAAGGUGAAGGCUGCCCCCGGCCUGUGCUGGCCGUGGCCUUUCCCCUCCCGGUGGGAGCGGGCGUGGGCACCUCCUGGGCCCUGGGACGCCCCCCUUCACACCCUGUCACCUGGAGCCAGCCCCCCCGCCCCCCCACACACCCGCCUCAUUUUCCCACCUUCCCACAGCUGCAGAGCGAGUUUCAUACAGCCGUGCUGCUCACGCGGUUUGCAGACGGCAUUUUCCUUUGAACAGUUGUGCACUGAUUUCAGUAUUCCUUAGGAAGGCGGCAGUAACUGAGCCCUUGAGUUCACAGACAUACUGCUUAGGUCAGGGCUAAGCUCUUAAAAGCGAGUAGACAGGUCAGUGUAAAGAGGACUGGGGAGGCGGUGGCCAUCGGGGGUGGGACACGCUGCACCUAGCAAUAACCAGGCCUUUUCCCUCAGAGAUCUCAGAUGGUUUGGCUGGGCCCUGCCUAGGGCGCCUGUCCUUGUUCCCAAACCCUGACCUCAAAGAACGUGCUUCAGGCCGGGCUGGCAGGUGGUGCUUGUGGGGGUCGCUGCUUGGACAGGCUCUGGGUGUCUCCCAGGCUGGCACAGGGACCCUUGGGGCCGGGACCCUGUAGCAAAGGAAGGAGGUAAUGAGUGACGCAAGCUUAGUGGCCUGCAAAGCCCUUCCCUUAGUAGCUGGUGGGGGGCGGGGGGGGGGGGGUCCAGGCAGGCCCACUUUACAGGUGAGGAGACUGAGGCCUGGGGAGGCAGAGCGGCCAACUCAGAAUCCCUCAGGGCCCUGGCAGCCAAGAGGCUGGGCACCCCCGGGGGCAGAGCCUGGCCGAGGCCUCUGUUGGUGCUGUGGAGCUGGCCCAGCAAGGCAGUCAGACCUGGAUUUGCCCCUGUACCUCCGGAGCUCUCGCUCCUCACCCCAAAGUGUGGAUGGCAGGCCUCGGUGAGGGUACAGGACAGCAGCCUCCAGGGUGAGGGGUUCGCUGGGCUCUCCCUCUUGGUCUUGUCCUGCCCCUGGGUGGCCCAUCCCUGGAGGGAGAGCCCGGGCACAAGUCCGAAGCUGCUGCAGAGAACCUGGGUCCACCUCCCUUGCUGUGCUGAUGGGUUCGCUAUGGCUCAGGCGAGGGGCAGGUAGGCCUGUCUGGCUCUGCGCGCCCUCCUCCCGCCCCCACUGGGGGCAGUCCCAGCAGUGGAAGUUACAGGGAGCAGCACACACAUUAGUCAGCAUGUUCCUGGAGGAGGGCCAGUGGGCUCCAGUCUGGGGUAAGUGGGUGACUUGGCUUGGGCUCAGGGGGACGGCAUGGACACUGGUCAGCAGCUUCUUUCUGGGCACAGGCGUCACCCUGCUUGAUAGGCACAGUGGCCCAGAGCAGUGUGCACACACCAGGGAAGUGAUGAGAGAGCAGACGUGUCCAAGGGUGGGACUAGCUGAGCCUAGAGGAGAGGAGCUUCGCCUGGGGAGUCAUGGGAGACGGGUCUGGUUCCUGGAGGCCCAGUGCUGCUCCCAGGCCUGGGGCACAGAAGCGGUGAUUGGCCAGGACAAGCUGCAAUGGGGAGGGUUGGGUGAUGGCCCCUUGGCCCUUCCUGAUCCUAUGGCCUGUCCGUCACAAAAGCACAAACUUGCCCUCAUCCCCACAAGCCCGGCCCUGGGGCGAGUGGGGACGGUGGUGUGGAGCUCCCCACGCUGUCUGUUUGCAGGGCUCUGCAGAGUGGGGGCUGGCAGGCACCUUGGUGUCUGCACAGAUGGACCCACGACCAGCCAGGGGUGUGGUCCACCCCAGCCAAAGCCUCUUCCGUCGCCCGCCCCCCUGCACCAGGCAGCACCCCAGAAGGCGCAGUACGCACAGUGCCAGUCUGUCUGCUGUCUUCCCUUCAGGUCCUUUCCCCGGAGCCUCGUUUCCAGGGUCCCCUUUGCUGCAUUGUGUAAGGGCUUGGGGUCUUAGAAGCCGCUACACAUACUCUCUUUGUCUUUGUGCAAUAAUCAGUGUUUCUGGUGGAGCCGGGUUGAGCUGGGGCCGGAGGAGGAGGCAGAAGCCACCUCCUCCAGGAAGCCCUCAGCCUGGCUCUGCUGCUGUGACUACUGCACUCCCAGUCGCUGUACAGUUUCUAUGGUGUGAAUGAACCUCCCUCCUAGUUGCUGAUGGCGCUGGUCCCUGCUGGCCCAGAUGGCCUGGGCACAGAGGAACCCUGUGGCAGCCGCCACCAGUGUUGUUCCGAAUAAAACCCAGAAGCCUAUUUCAGAA